UAGACCGACACCCACCCUACCGCGAGCAUCUCUACCCCUCUACCAGGGCUUACGAAUAGACGGCCAGGACAUAAUACCGUUAGCCGGGUCGCUGCGGCACCCAGGCGGACACACUCGACGGAAUGGGAGACUUUUGCAGAAAGAUAUUCUAUUGUUGUGGGGGCAGCUCCAAAGUCGACUAUGAGAAUGCGCUCAAGGACUCGGAGCGUGAGGCUGUUGCAGACCUGCUCAAUUACCUCGAAAAUAGAGGGGAGACCGACUUCUUCUCCGGCGAACCACUUGCAGCAUUGAGCACGCUUGUCUAUAGUAACAACAUUGACCUGCAGCGAAGUGCAAGCUUGACCUUUGCCGAAAUCACGGAGCGAGACGUAAGAGCGGUAGACCGCCACACUCUCGAACCCAUCCUCUUCCUUCUCGACAGCCCCGACAUCGAGGUCCAGCGCGCCGCCUCUGCCGCGCUCGGCAAUCUCGCCGUUGAUGCCCAAAACAAAGUGCUGAUCGUAUCACUCGGCGGUCUCAAUCCUCUCAUCAAACAGAUGACGAGCGCGAACGUGGAAGUGCAGUGCAAUGCCGUCGGCUGUAUCACCAACCUCGCGACCCACGAAGAGAACAAGGCCAGGAUAGCACGGUCAGGCGCGCUGGCCCCCCUCACACGACUGGCAAAGAGCAAGGACAUGCGUGUACAAAGAAACGCUACUGGGGCAUUGCUCAACAUGACGCACUCGGACGAUAAUCGCAAUCAGCUGGUCGCCGCCGGGGCCAUCCCCGUGCUGGUCGGCUUACUGAGCAGUCCGGACACCGACGUUCAAUACUACUGCACUACCGCCCUCUCCAACAUCGCGGUCGACGCCACGAAUCGAAAGCGACUCGCACAAAGUGAGAGCCGACUCGUGCAGAGUCUGGUACAGCUCAUGAAGGGCCAGGCACCGAAGGUGCAGUGCCAAGCAGCACUGGCAUUGAGAAAUCUGGCCAGCGAUGAAAAAUAUCAGUUGGAAAUCGUUCGAGCCAGCGGCCUCCCACCCCUUCUCCAGCUCCUGCAGUCCUCCUACCUCCCCCUCCAACUCUCGGCCGUCGCGUGUAUACGCAAUAUCAGCAUCCACCCGAUGAACGAGUCACCGAUCAUCGACGCCGGCUUCCUCCGGCCGUUGGUCGAUCUGCUGGGCUCGACGGACAACGAAGAAAUCCAAUGCCACGCCAUCUCGACCUUACGAAAUCUAGCAGCGUCCUCCGAUCGCAAUAAGCAGCUCGUCCUCGAAGCAGGUGCGGUGCAGAAGUGCAAGGAUCUCGUGCUGAACGUGCCCCUGACCGUUCAAUCCGAGAUGACGGCGGCCAUCGCCGUUUUGGCACUCUCGGACGAUCUGAAGCCGCACCUGCUCAAGCUGGGCGUGUUCGACGUGUUGAUCCCGCUGACGGAGAGCGAGAGCAUCGAAGUGCAAGGCAACAGCGCGGCGGCGCUCGGCAAUCUCAGCAGCAAAGGUCGGUCCGCGCCCACGACGGUGCCUUCGGAGUUGGGUGCUGACUACCUUCUAGUGGGCGACUAUAGCCUCUUCCUCUCCUCGUGGAACCAGCCAUCCGGCGGCAUCCACGGCUACCUCGCACGCUUCCUGGCGUCGGGCGAUCCGACCUUCCAGCACAUCGCCAUCUGGACGUUGCUGCAACUGCUAGAGUCCGGCGACCCCACGCUCAUCUCGACCAUUCAGGAAGCAAAGGACGUAAUGGACGCGGUGCGCGGAAUCAGCGAAAAGCAGGUCGAGAGCAGUGGGGCGGAAGGGGCGGAAGAUGGUGAAGACGGGGAGGGCGAAGUGGUGGCGCUCGCGAAGCGCUGUCUCGACCUUUCGCGGGGUGAGGCGCAGCCUGCUGAUGGCGGCGUGGCGAAGAGUGAAGGUGGAGGCUCCCAGCCGUCUUCCACGACUUAGUGGGCACUAGUCUGGAUUCCCGCGGGCGGCAGCAGUGGGUGUUGAUGGCGGACGGUCUUGCUCGUGCGACCGUUCAUCGGCAGACAGGUAGUGACGGGCGUCAUAUGGGUUGCGGGUGUUCUCGGGGUAGAGAAGGUGCAUGGUGGCCUUGGUGCCUUGUUACAAGAAGGGGAAGCGGGGUGUCGUUGUUGCUCUUCUUCUUCUUUUGCAACUGAUAUCACUGCGCAGUGGACAUCUCUGUGUGUUCUUGCGACUGGGCUGACUAGGGUAGUUAUGGUCACCAGGCACUUUGUACCACCAAUUGUCUAUCACACCACGACUUCUCCAGCACGUACAAUGACACCCGCAUUCAGUCCCUGUGCUGUUCGAUCGUAUCGUGUCGGAUGAAUCAACAGCGCAACACAAACAGCCUAAACUCAAGGCUCGAGU